AUGGAUUUCACACGCAGAAGCUUGCAAAGAAGCCUGAGUUCCUCCUCGCAGGCGUCUAUGGUCAACAUGUAUAGGGCUGGGGGCAGGCAGCUCCUGGGGGCAGCACCCAGCGUCUAUGGGGGAGCUGGAGGCCACGGCACCCGCAUCUCAACCUCCAAAAGCUUGGUGAGCUAUGGGAAUGAUCUCAACAAAGGCGACCUGUUUUUUGGCAAUGAGAAGAUGGCCAUGAGAAACCUCAAUGACCGCCUAGCAAGCUACCUAGAAAAAGUGCGUUCCCUGGAGCAGUCCAACCUCCAACUUGAGAUGCAGAUUAAGCAGUGGUAUGAAUCAAACGUGCCCAGCACCAGUCGGGACUACGGUGCAUACUACAAACAAAUUGAAGAGCUGCAAGCUCAGAUCAAAGAUGCUCAGCGGCAACACGCUCAGUGUGUCCUGAAAAUCGAUAAUAGCAAACUGGCGGCUGAGGACUUCAGACUGAAGUAUGAGACUGAAAGAGGGAUGCGCCUAACAGUGGAAGCUGACCUCCAGGGCCUGAGUAAGGUUUAUGAUGAUCUAACCCUAAGCAAAACCGACUUGGAGGCUCAAAUUGAAGAACUGAAUAAAGACCUGGUUCUCCUCAAAAAAGAGCAUCAGGAGGAAGUGGCCGGCCUACGCAAACAGCUGGGCAACACUGUCAAUGUGGAGCUGAUGGCUGCUCCAGCCCUGAACCUCAGCGCCAUCAUGGAUGAAAUGAGGCAGAAGUAUGAAGUCUUGGCCCAAGAGAACCUUAAGAAGGCCAAGGAAGAGUUUGAGAUACAGACUGAAACUCUGCAGCAACAAGUCUCAGUGGACACUGCAGAGUUAAAGCAAGCGGAGGUUCAAGUAAAGGAGCUGAGACGCACCUACCAGAACUUGGAGAUAGACCUCAACUCCCAUCUGAGCAUGAAACAAUCUUUGGAGCAGACACUGCAAGAUACCAAGGCCCAACUGAUGCAGGUCCGGGCUGAUGCAGAACGCCAGAACAAGGAGUACAAUGAGCUCCUUGACAUGAAGAUCAGGCUGGAGCAGGAAAUCGCUACUUACCGGCGCCUCCUGGAAGGAGAAGAUCUAAAGUCACAGAGAACACAGAUUUCAACUCCUAUUAUAGAGAAAGCAGAUGUAAAGAAAACCAGGAAGAUUAAGACAGUGGUGGAAGAAGUAGUGGAUGGCAAGGUCGUGUCAUCUGAAGUCCAAGAAAUGGAAGAAAGUAUAUAAACCCCCGCCAGACGGAGAUGCUGCUGAGGGCCUGAGAGAAGUGGAGCUGUAAUGUCUGCUCCCUACAGGAAAGCGGCCAUCAGAAAGCACCAUUAGCGCUUACUACUGGUGCGGUGGAGGGGGUGGCCCAUCU